AUGAGCUCUGCUCUGAUAAACGCUAUAAAAAACUUACAUAUAUCGACAAUCUCCCAAAUUCGAUUAUGCUCAUCAGUUGCAAAUGUUGUGAAUAAUAACAGAGAAAUAAGUGUAACAAAAAAGGAUUGGAAAUUUCCACCUCAAUUUACGAAACCAAGAGAAAUAUGGAUUGAAAAUAUUGAUACCAUUGAAGAAAAGAAACUUGGCCUAUUUGAAUUGCAUCCAUUAGUAUAUGCAGCAGUACCUCGUAUAGAUAUUAUCCACCAGAAUAUAAUUUGGCAAAAGAAAUUUCGAUGGGUAUCAUGGGCUCAUACAAAAACUAGAAGUGAAGUGAAGGGUGGUGGUAAAAAGCCAUGGCCACAAAAAGGAUUGGGACGAGCUCGUCAUGGCUCAAUUAGAUCUCCAUUAUUUAAAGGGGGUGGUAUCGCUCACGGCCCUCGGUCUGGCAAAACUCAUUUUUAUAUGCUACCAUUUCAUUUACGUAUACAUGGUCUUACUUCAACUCUAUCAGCAAAAUUUGCUCAAGAUGACUUACAUGUUGUAAAGGAUCUGGAGUUGCCAACAGAUGAGCCAGAAUAUAUAGUUGAUCUUGUUGAGAAAAGAAAUUGGGGUCCCUCUGUAUUAAUAGUUGAUGACACUGACUAUGCUCCCCGGAACAUUACAGUUGCGACAGACAAUCUUGGUCAUAUAAAUAUUAUGCCAGUAUAUGGUCUUAAUGUGUAUUCAAUGCUGAAGCAUGACACUCUUGUUUUAACUCAAGCUGCAGCAGAGAAAAUUGAAGAUAGAAUUUUAGAAAAUUUACAUUCAAUAACUACUCAACAACAAGCAGAAUUUAAAUUAAACCAGGUU